UCCACUCUAGGUAUUUCUGACGACAGGAAGACCGGGUUCCUGAGAGACCGUUACAUGCUCUCUACUUCCGGAUUAUUGCUCAUAAUGAUCGCUUCGUUGUGUAGUUCAACACCCGAAUGAUGUUUCAGAGAGAACGUUAAUGCAUUCGUGUGUCGCUGAAUGACGAGCUCUGAACUGAAUCUACGACGUUUUUAUGUAGACUCGCGCAACUGUUGGAUUUCACGCGUUUAAAUGAAACUUAUAAGAUUUAUGAACAAUCGUGUACCAUCUAACAAGAGAUAUCAGCCAACAGAAUAUGAGCACGCUGCUAACUGUGCCACACAUGCGCUCUGGAUCAUUCCCAGCAUUGUGGGUGGGAUCUUGUUGUACCUCUUAUCUGAUGACCACUGGGAGGCGAUUUCAGCAUGGCUUUAUGGGGCGGGACUAUCAAGUCUUUUCAUCAUAUCCACAGUUUUCCAUACUGUCUCCUGGAAAAAGAGUCAUCUCCGAUCGGUUGAACACUGUUUCCACAUGUGCGACAGGAUGGUGAUCUAUUUCUUCAUUGCUGCAUCCUACACACCAUGGCUGACGCUGCGGGAGCUUGGUCCAUGGGCUGCCCACAUGCGUUGGGUUGUCUGGGUGAUGGCCACUGUAGGAACUGCCUAUGUAUUCUUUUUCCAUGAAAGGUUUAAAGUUGUAGAGCUGAUUUGUUACAUAGCAAUGGGUGUUUUUCCCGCCCUUGUCAUCCUCUCUAUGGCAGACAGUUCAGGUCUGUGUGAGCUGCUGGUUGGUGGCGGGUGUUAUGUGUUGGGCAUUGUGUUCUUUAAAAGUGAUGGAAUAGUGCCCUUUGCUCACGCUAUAUGGCAUCUCUUUGUUGCAAUGGGAGCAAGCAUCCAUUACUAUGCCAUCUGGAAGUACCUGUACACACCUCUCAAUCAACCAACCAGUACGGCCCGGUGACACACCUAUGCAUACACCUAACCACAAAUCAUUUGAAUAUAUAUUUGCCACUAAAGUGCUAAAAUUCUACUAAAGCAUAAAUAAUAUUGUUUUUUUUUCUUUCUCUUGUGUUUUUGCUAGCGAACAGUUUGACUGAUGUAACUCUUGUCACUUAUUAAUAGGUCUUUAACUAGCACAGAAAUUACAACUAGCCUUUGUGAGACUACAGACAGCAGGGGUCAUUUUGGACCUGAAGCCGUGUGCAAUCCUGAGACUGAUAAAGGAUCCAGAACAUGAACAUUUCUGGAAAAGUCUAUGGACGUAUUACAUGACGGUUUACAAUUUUUUAAAAGGUAUAUACUGAGCAAAUGUAAAAUCACUGCCAGAUAUUUGUAAAAACACUCAUCCUGGAUAGUAAUUACUUGACUACAGUUUAAAGGUAUUUCUGUAGUGUUUUUUUUUAAUUGAUGUAAGAUUAUUCUGCCAAUUCUGCCACUGCCAGUGGGGAGAUAUUCUUAUUUCUGUCAGAAAUAUGAGUACAUUUUGUAUUACUGUACACAGUAUCGAUUCUCCAUGCUUCUAGUCUAGUGCAAGUUUGUUGCAUUUUUGGAUGUGUAAUGUCUUUGGAAAAUGCCAUAAGUGCUUGAUGACAAUGUCCAGGGAAAGAUUUGCUUAAAGAUUUCAUGGCUUAAAGAUAAGUUUAGGGUUUUUCGACUCAUACCACAUUAUGAUUGUGUUUAAAUUUGUCUUUCAGAUUUAAAAUAUGCUUAAUUUGAUUUACUAAAAUUAAUCAACUCGACUACAAUAGGGUUUCAGCAACAACAACAAAAUGUAGGGGUUAGGUCACAGCUCACUGUUUCAUUCUUCAUUCAUUGUUACAUCGUUCGUAUCACUGUUUAUGCAAGCGCUGAGGAAGCCUACAAAGCUGAAAUUCAAUAAUAGGCGUUUCGUUUCAGACAUGUGCUGUAAGCUAUUGACCAAUCACAACAGACUGGGU